AGAGCACCAGACAGCAGGAUCGAGAGAAAGAGUGAGAGAGAGCGGGUGAGUGUAUGUGUGGACAGAGAGAGAGGCAGCUAGAGAGCUUGAGGCAAACGAUAGAGUGGGAGCGAUAGAGUGCUAGAUAAUGGAGCUGCAGUCGGAGUGUGUGGAGCCUCCUGUGGCCCCUCAGUGUGACCCCCAGCCCACAGGGAAGAUCAACAAAGCUGCCUUCAAACUCUUUGGGAAGCGGCGCACCGGUUCUGGGAUGGCCAGCUUCUUCUCCUUCAGGAACAAAGGGGCUACCAACAGUGGGAACAACGGGAACUCUGACAAUGGGAAUUCUUUGAAUGGAAACGAGUCAGCGGCGUCGGUGGAGCUCGUUAGGAGCAAAACCCACGAUGGACUAACGAGCUCUAACAACGAUGCUGAUGGACAGAGAGGGGAGGGGCUGGCUAUCAUAGAGGCGGGUCCGGUGAGGUCACUCAGCAAAUCGCUAAGUUUCUUCUCUUUACUCCGACGUGGGAGUUUUAGGUCGAGUGAAAAUGGAGGGACGGGGCUUUCCAAAAGAGGGAGGGGCCUAAAGGGCUUUUUUAGCAGCAUGCGAUGGAGACGCAAGGAAAAAACAAAUGAUGGAGAAGGGGACGUGGUGGAGCGGAAGCUGGAGAAGGAUGGGGAUGUUGCUGACUCUGAAAAGGUAACGGAUAUUACACUCACACUUGAACCCCCUCCGCAUCACCAGGUGGAUUGUGUAGAUGCAGGGGCAUCACCAAACCCAGAGACUCCCACUACCAGUGUUACCAUGACACCCCCACACUGUGUUGCCAUGCCAGGGCCAUCUGGUGAGCCAGAUUCCCCCUUUCCUUACACACCCACUGACUCGCCACUUCACCCCCCUAUCCAAAUAGCCAAAGCAUCAAUUUCCAGCCUCACCCCUUCACUCGCUACACCCCCUUUGGAUCGCUGCAGCACGGGUGACCCCACCUCAGAACCCUCAGUGGACCGCCUCUGCUCUCUCCUCUUCACUGACGUCACGUCCCUCAAGAGUUUCGACUCUCUGACAGGCUGUGGUGACAUAAUUGCUGAUGCUGAAGAAGAGGGGCCAGCGGGUAAUGGGGGCAGUGGAACCAGCAGUAGCAGCAGUGGGGGAGGAGGGGUGAGUGUGGGAUCAGGUGUUGGGAGAACUGUUGGUAUCACCAGUGUCCCGUCUCGUAGCUCCCCAACCAAACCCCCUUUACCUUCGCAGCGGAUCCAACACAUGUUCUCUGUUUCUGCAAGCUCAGUGCCUUCUUCCCUCCCCGCACGGGCCCGGGCGCCCCCUCCACCUCAGCAGCACCCAGCCGGCAGCGGUGUGGUGGCCUACAUGGGCGGAGGGGAAGAAAUGGCAAGUCCAGAAGGGGUGGACGAUGCCGACAUGCAGGGGCUCUGGCACAUGCUUCCCUCCACAGGUGACAACUCCCCCGCUUUGCCCCGAUCACACCAACCUUCCUCCUCUACCCCGACUUCCACCUAUCCCCCUCGUGCCCCCUCCAGCUGUCACCUGCCCUCAGCCCACAGGAGCGCAGAUAGAAAGAUCCCCCAGGUGAAGGCGCUGGGCCUCAGUAAGAUUCCAUUAGGUGGAGCAGCAGGAGGCCGGGCAGCCAAACCCCCUCUCCCUCACACACAUGGCCGUCUACCCACAUCGCCUGGAGAAAAAGAGCCCCUCAGUGAUGAGGGUUACUGGGACACACCAACAGCAACGCCCACAGCCACACCUGAUGAGAGCGGGCUGCAGCGAAACCAGAAGAGUGCUCUAUCACGUGACAGUUGCUCUGGGGACCACCUGUACGACCUCUACAAUGACCCUGAAGAGGAAGGAGAUUUUGAAGAUCUAAACAGUACUCCCUCUCCAUCCAUGGAAUACAAACUGAGCCCCACCUCACAAACAACCCCUCCUUCAUCCUCCUCCUCUUCCUCUUUCCAAUCAAUGAAAGGCAGCACCAGCCUUCCUCGGGAAUCCAAGAUCCCAGUGAGCAGCAGACAGACCCCGCCUCCCCACUCAGUAAGCCAGUCAGCCCUCUCGUCUGUUGUAGAGGCUGAAUCCCCUCCACCAAAGACCCAGGCGCCCCCUCCAGCACGCACCAGAAUCCCUGUAUCCAAGGUGCCCGUCCGUCGUUCUGGAAACAAACCUGGCAGCACAAAGGGAGCCGCCAACAAGAAGUAGCUCUUGUGGAAUGGGUGGUUUCUGACCUGCUAACUUAAAGACCUGAGUGUACAUCACUUCUGUGCUGUUUAUGCAGAGCCAAAUGUUUUCCCAGACCAAGACAAAUGUUGAGCUGUAGAGUUAACAGCCAAUAAAUUCCUCUCAAAUCUUGAAAGCUCUCAAUCUUUAUGUGUUUUGGCUUAUGACGGACUAGGAAAGAAUAAGUGGUUUUGUUCACUUGAGAAAGUCACGAGGAGACUCCAAAACGCUGGGUUAACACUUCACAGCCCUGACUGGAACCUUGGAGGUUGACUCUUGACAAUCCAUGGUCUUGCAAUAGACACACAUGCCUUGUAACUUCCUGGGGAAAAAAUCCUGACCUGCUGAAAGUUCUACUGCACACUGCAAAACGAAAAGAAAAUAAGCAGAGCACCUUUUGCAUUUUUAUUAUGGAAUUCCACAUGACAUAAUUCCUGAUACGGACCUAAUCCAAUCAAAGUUUUUCCUGAAUUUUUCAUCCUGUCUAAUCUGUAACUAAUUACCUCCUAAUCCUUUGAUUUUAGAGCCAAAGUGGAAAAAAAAAAUACCCUAAUCUUCAUUUCCCAGCCUCUGAUAGUCUUGGACAGACUGGACAAUAUCCAUGGGCUGGAAUAACCCAUACUUUUUGUUUUGUUUUUUGGAUAUGCUCUUUUUCUGAGAUCUGGGUUUAUUAAUUACCUGCUUUGUAGCUACAAAUGUGGUAAACAUGCCCUGCAGAAGGCCACAUGAUAUCCUGUGUUUUUUUCGAAUGGGAGACCUCUUCAGUUUUGACUUUUUUUUUAUUAUAAUUAUUGUGGAUGGACUAAGUUUUGCAUCUGGAUCUCACUUACACCCUCAAUCUCUGGGAUUUACAACUGUUGAUUCACUAAAGGAAACAUGUAACACUAUCGCAAUACUCGACCUGGAGGGAUCCAUUGCACUGAUGCUUCAAUACUCAACAGAGACAUGCACACACACACACACACACACACACACACACACACACACACACACACACACACACACACACACACACACACACACACACACACACACACACACACACACACACACACACACACACACACACACACACACACAUUUUCUCCCCCUCUCUGCAUGCAGUGCCACAUAAGGCACAAAGGUCAGGGAACAUCAUCUAACACUGAAGGACCGUACACACACUGUUCAACCUUGGCACUGUAUUUGUAGCUACACUGGAUGACUCUCUUCUCUAAGGACACAUGCACAGACAACCAGUUGUUUCUCUUAGUACUUUCUCACUUGAUUUCAUACUGUUUUUAUAUGUUUCUCCGUCCUUAGUCAUCCUGCUCGGAUCUAAAACUGUGACUGCUUCUUAAUGCUCUGCUUUGUCUUCUAACACGCUGUACAGGAUGAUGUGAGUGGAUGUCAGGAAGAUGAAUAGUUUCAGAGAGAUAGAAUGUGUCUGCAAUUCUUUUAAUAGAAUGUUUCCUAAAUUAAAACCCAAGCAAAUUCUGUCUUUCGAGUCCUUCACCCAUCCUCUCUUGGCUGUUCUACUAACGCAGCUGUGCGUGAAUGUAGCUUGACAUCAUUGUAGAUCAUUGGUCAGCAUAUAUUUUCCUCUGUUGGACUGUUUUCCUCUUUGCCCGUCUUUUGUGGGGGCAAGACAAAUGGUGAAGUUUACUGUUUUCUAAGACCCCCAUGCUCUGAAAAAUGAAGACAAACUAUCGCGUGUUGAGCCUUGCAAAGCGCCACUUGUAUUAAGAAUGAGGGGGUGUUUGCUGUGCUAAAAGGCCUUUGUCAGUGAUUCAGCGAGACAAGUUACAGGGAGCAGAGUGUUCCCUACCCUUCAGUUAAAGAGAGGGGUAUUUGUAGGGAAAGACAUUCAAGAUGAGGCAAGUUUCUCCACCGCUAACCACAACGCUUCCAAUGACCCUUGAGGGUUAUUCUAGUUCAUGAUAGCUUUCCAUCUCAGUAAGGGUGUGUUGAUUGAUCCACAACACCGCUCCAGGUCCUUCAGCCUACUGCUGGUGUAGUGCGGAACAGGUCAUGAGGUACAUGAUCUGCAGUAAGUGUGUUCCCCCUCCGUUAAAAAGGGCAGACUAAAGGUCUUUUGCGGAUCAGAGAAAUGUCACUUCAUGUUUUCCCUGCUUAUAAUUUGUUGUUGCUGUUUUGUUUUAGAAUGCAAUCACUUUAGAUCUCAAUUAUUCAGAUUGACAAAAUACUGAUUACAUGGAGAGUUAUAGGGAAUCGAUGUAAUUAAACUUAAUGCCACUGUCAGCAAUAAAUAGGCAGUAAUGUUUUUAAAAAUAGAGACACAGGAGGGAGCUAUGAACUAAGGGGAGAUGUCGUUAUGCAUAAUGUUUGGCACUCUUCUCGGUUGAUGUACCACGUGCCGCAGGAGUUGAUUUGCCAAUACACAGUGACAAUGCAAGUUGACCACAACAAUUACCACACAGGCCUGCCAUAUUGCCAUAUGAUUAUCAUUUCCUUGUUUUUAUACCACUGACAUCUAACUCCGUUCUUUCUGUUUUAAAAUGUUAUCCUUGAAUUCGCUGCGAUGACACGCGUUAAGUUUUCCUUCUUUUUGUUACCGUCUGUCUGUUCACAGUGCUAAACCUUUCCACUUUUCAUAUUUAAUGAAUAAAACUGUUUGCGCUGACAGACGAGAUUCUGACUCUUUGUGACCACAUUUACACAUAAAUCCAUACACUUGUCAGAGGCUUUGUAUAAUUAGAGCAAAACCGGAUAGAGCCCCUCUCUCAUCUACUCCCAUCCUCCAUCUUUCCUUCCCCCACAUCCCAGUUGCUUAAAUCCCCACAGAGUAGCUUGGGUGGGAGAAAGGGGGAGACAGAAUCACUUUUGUUGUGCAGCUUGUGGCAUUUUUUAUUGUGGCGUCACACUUAGAGAGAGGGUCUGCUUGGCUUGGGAGUUAUACGUUAUCAAUACAUUUUAUUGAUUUGCUUUUGAUGAAAGCCUGAUGGAUGUGGCAUUGUCUGCUGUUAGUCUCUAGUGGGAAAAGACGUGUAUGGACAAAGACAGACAGCCAAUAUGAUGACAAAGACAGGCGGCUGAUGCAUGGUGUGGAACCCUGUGCACCUGUGAGUCCUGAAUAUAGAUGAAAGGGGGCAGGGGGGGGGGGGGGGGUCUCAUUGUUUUGAGGCGGACACAUGUUGCUAAAAUAAGCUUAUAUGUUGUUGUGGUAUAGGUACCCCUGCAUGUGUAGUAGGAGGAGGAUUUGGUGCAGUGCGAAUCCCCUUUGUAAUGGUGCAGCAAACCCCCCCUCCCUCUCAAUCCAGCUCUCUCUCUCAGUUUCUGCACGUUGAUGUUGAUGUAAAAGCCUUACGUAAGACCAUAACACUCAGUUGUUCCAGCCCACCGGAUGAAAGCUAGUGUUGCUGACAGUGAGAAUGGAGUGUGCUGUUGUGCGUGUGUGUGUGUGUCAGCUGAUCUCAUCUCUAAUCUGCUGCUGCUGCUGCUGCUGGAUGUGGACGGGCGUCAUCAUUGUGAGCCAUGUCUGUGUCGGCCUGUGCAUGUUUGUUUGGGUGCAUACAUCCGGUAUAGGGGAGGAUUUAUUAUGUGGUGAACAAAAAGCUGUUAUGCAAGUUACUGGAAAGACAGAACUAGGAAGGGACAAAUGCAGGGAUAGAGUUGUAUGGGUUUGUCUGGCCUCAGUGGUUUUAGAUAAAUCUUUUAGCUAGCUGGUAAUUAUAUAUUUUGAUGGAAAGCACCCACUAUUUGCAAAAACAGCAUGAUGGUAUACAACAAUGCAGUGUAAGAGCAGCACAUGUAAUAGCAACAAUAGUCAGCUAACUGACCCUGAAGACAAUUAGAGCAAUUGUUUGUUUGCUAACAUUAGAAAAAAUGUGCUAACGUGUGUAAGUGUUGGCUAACAUUACCCCCCAGCUACCACACCAGAGCAAAAAAGGGUGAAUUUAUUGCUUUUAACUUUCUAUGUUUAAGACUAUGAAUGUGCUGUUUCUUCCUAAAGUUACACUCCCAUCCUGUUAUUAUUUUGUCUUAUUAUAUUUAUUAUAAUGGCGCUUCUUACGUAGAAUCGUUACUCAUAAUAUCCCCUUGAACAAGCAUUGCAUUGCUGUUCAUUUUUACCCAUUUCCUUUACAACCCCUUUGAAAAUCACACUGAUACAUAAAGCAGAAACAAACUGUCUUGUUGUACCAUGGGAUUCAUCAGGGAAAAUAUUUCUUCUUUCCUUUCUUCUUCUUUGAAUCCAAUUCCUACAUGUGGCGCUUCUUGCGCAUACACACCCAACCACGCACACACAACCUUGCUCAACAGAUUUCCCCUGUCAGUUUGCUCAUAACUUAUACACUCCACAUACCUAAUGUCUAAUCUCAUCAGAUAUUUGCUUUUCCUUCAUUCAUUUGUUUUAUUUGAACUGUUUUGUCAUCCUGUCCUGUCACCUAAUGUAUUAAGUUGCGGCUUGUCUCUAUUCAUUGAAUAAAGAAACAAAUAAAAGUU